CCUGGUGGCCGUGACCAGACGAGGGAGAUGCUGCGGUCAUCGGUCAGUAGAAAAUCUACCCCACCAUCCACGUCUCCAUUCUCCAGCCUCACCACAAACUCUCUACCCACAACACGAUCUGUAUUGAACAACUCCCCUCCCAGCCUAUGUUUUCACGACUCUCACAGCUAGCACGACACUUCUCCCGGCCUCUCCCAAAUUACGCACAUACAUCUGCUGCCGCGCUGUCGUCGAAAUCAAGUCGCAUCAUGACAUCAUCAGCUGGAGCUGCUGCCACGGCGGAUGAGAGGAAUGCGAGGAUGAUACAUACGGCGGCUUGUUUGAUUAUUGGGGAUGAGGUUUUGGGUGGGAAGACGGUAGAUACAAACAGCGCAUAUAUGGCGAAGUUCUGCUUCCAAUUGGGAAUGGCACUUAAACGAAUUGAAGUCAUUGCCGACGACGAAGACGAGAUCAUAGAAGCAGUCAAACGAAUGAGCACAAACUACGAUUUCGUCGUUACAAGUGGAGGAAUUGGUCCAACACACGACGACAUAACCUACCAAUCCAUCGCCAAAGCCUUCUCCCUCCCCCUAAUCCUCCACGACGAAGCCUACACCAAAAUGAAGAAAUUCUCCAAACCGCACCCCUCCCAACCCAACUUCUCCUGGGACGUCCCCUCCGCAGCCCUAACCGCCAAACUCCGCAUGAUCGAGCUCCCGACCGACACGUCCCGCCCGCUCUCCAAACAAGUUCUCUUCCCCGUAUCAGACCUCUGGGUCCCCGUCGCAUGCAUCAACGGCAACGUGCACGUCUUACCUGGCGUCCCGAGACUGUUUGAGAGGUUGCUGGAUGGGAUGAAGCCGUUGUUGGUGGAUAGGUUGGAGGAUCCCGGGAAGGGGAUUCAUAGGGUAUUGAUUAGUACGCCGAUGAGUGAGAGUGCUGUGGCGGGGUAUUUGACCGAGUUGGCGGGGCGGGUGGAGAGUAAGGGGGUUAAGGUUGGGAGUUAUCCGCGGUGGGGGAAGAAGCAUAAUACGGUUACGUUGGUUGGGAAGGACCGCGAAUUCCUGGAAAGCCUCGUAGCAGAAGUCGAGAAGAACGUCGAGGGAAAACGCGUGCAAGUCGAAGGCGAAGAUGACGCAGAGGGCGAGAAGCAAUCAUAGUAGUAAGCAUCCAGAGCUCGGAGCGCAAGUAUCUGGGAGGUGCAGUAUGGGACGGGGGAGAGAGAAAAUAAGCCUGCAAACGGGGGAGCAAAGAGUGUUCGCUCGAGAUGAUAUCCUUUCAUGGACAGAGCUUUGUGCAUAUUGCAAAUUUUCAGUGGGCGAGGAGAGAGAGAGAGAUGCAGCGAACAAGACAACGCGAGAAAGCUAGAAGGUAGGGAGUUGUUGCAAUUUUCAGCUGCAGAUACAAACUCAAAACUGUAGAAUGUAGAACCAUACUUCUUGUUGUGACACUUGACCAACUGACUCUCUUUCUGUGUAUCUGUUGAUUUCUCCGCUUGCCGCUUGUUGGAGUCUGGGAGUCUGGGAGUCUGGGUGUCUGCGUGUCUGGGAGCGAUGAAAGACAAAAUGAAGUUGGUAGUAAAUUGGAAGCUUGGUACCUAGGCCAGAACGGAAAUGUAUACAAACCAUGAAACAGGAAAAGAAAAAAAAGAAAAAAAACAUUUUCCUUGCACUUUAGUCACACAAACCGAGGAAAGAGGUAUAAAUCACAGUCAGAUAGAUUAUCCGAUACGAUAUUUGCCUGCCUGCCUGCCUGGCUGGCUGUAGAAGGGGAUGGAUAUUAAGUUACCCGUUUUUCGCUUGGUUGGUUGGUUGGUUGGUUCAUUUACGAUUGAGAGGUGAGGAUUGGAGGGUUCGGGGUUCGUUUUUUUUUUUUUUUUUUUUUUU